AUGGGGUGGUUAUGGUUUUGCCUCGGCACCUACUCUCUUCUCUGCAUGUCAAAUGCAGAAGAACGGCUGACACUGGGAGGGCCAGAUGAGUGCAAGACAUUAAAAUUUGUGCCCGGAUACAAUUUUGGUGGAGAGGGCUUUGACGUUGUGAAGAUGGAGCGGAAAGGUACGUAUGUCAUUAACAUGGAAACCUGGGACCUCGGGAACGGCACCUGUCAAAUGGCAACAAACAGCUACGUAAGAGAGAAGCAGAAGUUACCUGCUGCGGUGGUGUUCUGGAGGACGCUCCCAAAAUGCUCAAUAAAAGUUCAAAGCAAGGUUUAUGAAUCAAGUGAAUCUCUUGUCAAGGAUUCGACUUCGAGCAUCUCAAACGACUGGAAAACUGGACUGAACGUGCCCAUGACUGGUAGUUUUGCAGUGGGGGGCACCCACGCCCGUGAUGCAAGCUACGCUAUGCAGAAAUCAAAGCAGGACAAAUAUAGUUUCACCAAGCAUGUAGUCCAAUGCAGCUACUACAACUACAAAAUAGCAUCUUCACCCCCUCUGCAUUAUGAAUUUCUUCAGUCUAUAAAUGACCUUACUCCUCUGUCUGAUUUAAGCGCCUAUCAACAAGUGAUCGAUACUUUUGGCACACACUAUACCAGAGGAGUGAAAUUGGGUGGAAAGGUGAAAUCUGUAACAUCCAUCAAAACCUGCCAGGCAGCAACAGACGGACUUACAGACACCGCGGUUAAAGACUGUUUGAACGCGGAGGCAUCAGCUACAUACCAUGGGGUCACUGUGACCGCGGCGGUUAAGCACUGUCAAGCACUAAAGAAGAAGAUAGGAAAGCAAGAACGUUUUAGCUCAAUGUUCAGUGAUAGAGAAAACGAGGUUGUAGGUGGAAACGUGGCCAAUGAGGACCUAUUCUCCUCCCAGGCGUCUGUCCAUAAAGUGUGGCUGGAGUCCCUGAAGACCGUUCCAGACGUAGUGACGUACGACCUUAAACCUCUUCACCAACUGCUGAAAAAAAACCACCCUGCAAAGAAGGGUCUGAAAAUGGCGAUAGAAAAGUAUAUUAAAGACAACGCCCUAAAAAACGUCUGUUCUGAGUCGUGCUCAGUAGGGCGUCGGAGCAGUGUGAGGGAUCCCUGCGCUUGUGUUUGUGGGGGAUGUAAGAAUAUGUUGCCCAACUGCUGUCCCACUGAAAGAGGUCUGGCUACGCUGAAGGUCUUCAAGCUAUAUGCUAAAGGUUUAUAUGGAGACACAUGGAGCCAAACAGACGGGGUUGUACACGUCAUAUAUGAUCAACAAUCCCGGCGCACACAAGAGAUUACAGAUAAUGACAAUCCCCACUGGCCUGAAACGUUCCUCUUUGACACGAUCAAGAUUUCACUGGGCAGUAAACUUACGUUCGAAGUAUAUGACGCGGACUCGUCUUGGAACAGUGAUCUUCUCGGGCAGUGCUCCAUUAAUCUUAAAAGUGGGACCAAGGAAAACGUAUGCGAUUUAAAUCAUGGCAGCUUCCACUUUUCCUAUACUGUGGAAUGUGCUCCCGGUCUUCAGGGUCCCACGUGCGGCGAACACAAGUCCAAUCCCAUGAAUGCCAAGCUGGCUGAGAUAUUUCACUCUAGAAACGGCAUUCUGGUUAAAAACAUGUGGAAGCUGGAGCAAGCCCAGAAUAACUUCACUAAAUCAGACGUCCAGGUCUAUUCUGAAAAAAAGGAGAGGAAUUUGAUGUAG